GGUUGGGUACACGUGCAUCGAGAAGGAAACAAUGGAGAGAUUUGCCAGAGAGCUCAUUGCCAAUCAUCGGAGGAUUAUGCUGAGGCGCCGCCGUCUCCUACUCACCUUCAAAGCCGCUGGUAACCAGUUGUGGAGUCUGGUGUCCGAUAGCUCGACGUGGUGGUCGCGCUUGGUCCAGGACGUUAUCGCGUCCGCCUGGUGGCAGGAUGCGCGCGCUGAGCUGUUGAGGGAGUGCGCCGACAAGUGCGAGUUUCAACAUGUGACCACGGACGCGACAGUUCGGACCCUUCACCUAGUGAUUGGCCAGGCCGACUACCGAGCGUCCAGGGCUCAAGAAGCCGCCCAAGUUGUGCCCGAGGCUGAGGCCAGAAGGCGGCGACUGUCCAUCAGGGGAAUCACUGGGGCAGUGGCGUGCCUGGCCCCCGUGCGCGACGAGUCCAGUGAACACCUCGGCAUGAUUGUGCGCGAGCACCUCGCGGUCGAUAUCAAGAGCCAG